AUGAAAUUGUAUGCUGACAGGAAGAGGUCUGAGAGAGUUUUCCAAGUGGGGGAUUGGGUUUUUCUGAAGUUGCAGCCUUAUAGACAAAAGUCUGUGGCUAUGAGGCACAAUAUGAAACUGGCUCCGAGAUAUUAUGGCCCCUUUCAGGUCAUACAGAAAAUAGGGACAGUAGCAUAUAAAUUGGACUUACCUUCUUCCUCCAAAAUAUAUCCUGUUUUUCAUGUUUCCUCUUUGAAGAAAAAGCAGGAUGACCAUAUCUCUCCUUCACCAACAUUACCACCAGUAGUUGUUGAAGGCAGUGUGCAACCUGAACCUGAGUUGAUUCUGGACAAAAGGAUUAAGAAGUUAGGCAAUCAUGCCUCCUUUGAAGUCUUGGUAAAAUGGUUAGGUGCUUUUCUUGAAGAUAGUUCUUGGGAAUCUUUGUGGAAGCUAAGGUCAUUGUAUCCACAUUUACUGGUGAAUUACAGCAGGUCCUUGAGUGAACCUUACAGAGAACGAGAAGAUGGAGGAGGAGAACGCAAAGAGAAGAUGGAGGAGAUAGGGUUUGAUUCAAGAGAGAAUGAGCAGCGAGAGCUAGGGUUUAUUGUUUAG